AUGAUGAGAAAAAAAAAGAAAGGUCAUAUAAAUGUUCAUAUAAAUGAUAAGAACACUUAUGAUGAAGGAGAGUUUUUAAAUAGAAAGAUGGUUGAUGGAUUAAAGCAAAACGCCUUUUGCCCUUUAAGGAAAAGUAUAAAUAAGGACAUUCCUUUUUUCAUUAAUUAUGAUAUAUUAUUAAAGAACUGUAAGCAAGAUAAAAAUUACCUUGACCUUAACCUGGAAAUUAAUUAUAACUUGGAAGAAAUUAUGGAAAAUAAGGAAAACCUUAUGAGAUGUUUACAUAGGAAGAAUCUUAUGGAAGAUGAAAAAAGCUAUCAGAUGGAAAUACCUCAUGAUAAUAUGAAAAACAAAAAAUAUUAUUACGAUAAUAAUAUAUAUCAGAAUAAAAAUGAUGAAUAUGAUAAUAUAUAUGAACAAAGGGAUGAUAUAUAUGAUCGUAAUAAUUAUUGUAAUAAUUUUAAAAAAGGUUUUAUAAAUAUAUUAGAACAUAAGAAAAAUAAGGGAAAAAAUAUUUAUGCUGAUAUAUCAUAUUCUGAAGAUGAAUCAUCAUAUUCAGAUAAUAAUUAUUACUCCGGUAGUUCGGUAUAUUCCUAUCAAAAGGAUGAUAACAAAUCAUUUAACUUUUCUCAGAGAAUUACAUAUGAUACUAAUUUAUUGGAUAAAAUUAAUAUAUAUGAUAAUAUAACAAAUUAUAUAUAUAAUAAUAAUAAUAAUAAUAAUAAUGAGAAGAAUAAUGAGAAGAAUAAUGAGAAAAAUAAUGAGAAUAAUAAUGAGAAUAAUAAUGAGAAGAAUAAUGAGAAGAAUAAUGAGAAGAAUAAUUGUUAUUAUAAAAAUAUGGAUAAACAAAAUAAAGAUUGUCAUAAUUAUAAAAAUGAUGUUCCAUAUAUAAAUCAUAGGAAUUAUGUUCAUAACCAAAAUAAAUAUAUAGAUGAUAAAAAUAGAAGAACCGAUAUCAUACAAUUCAUUAAUCAUACGGAUAAAGAUAAUAUAAGUAACCAAAGAUCUCAUACUUCCAACAUUCAAAAUGUGAAACAUAAUAAUCAUGAAAAGGGAAAAAGAGAACAUUCCAACUUUUCUGAAUAUAUUCAGCAUAACAUGGAAAAGGAUUAUAGACGUAAUUUGACUGAUAGGUCUAUUAUUUUAAAUAACCAUAUGGAGGAAAACGACUCCCCUUCAAUAAAUCUUGAAUUCUUAAAAAGCAGUAAUCCAUCAAAUUGUAAAAAAAUGGAAAAAGAUAUUUUAAACAAAUAUGAAAAGAUAAUGAAAAUUAUGAAAUAUUUAAGGAAGGUAAAAAGUAAAUAUCCUGAAAUAGAAUCUACUGUCUCUAUUUUAUCAAACCAUAUAAAAAAUGUUACUUUUAAUUGUGAAAAAAUGUUUGAGUCAAGAUAUAUGUUGAAUGAGUUUUUGAAAAAGCUUUAUAUCUAUCAAAUAUAUAUUUUAAAAAAAAUCGUUUUUAACAAAUCUGAUAUUCUAAAAAAUGACGAUACUCUAGAACAUUAUAAUAAGCAUUUUCAUACAACUAAAAUGAGAUUUAUUUCAAACGAUAGGAUAAACAAUAGUAAUGAUACAACAAUAUUUGAAAAUAUAAAAGAAAAUUCCUCAUAUUCUAUGAAAAAAUUAAAUGGGCAAAAGGAAAAUAUAUUUAGUCAUAAGAAAUACAAUCAAAGACAUAAAUCCAAAGAAUAUACAAAAGAUAAGAAAUACAAUGACGUGGGUGUAAAUAAGGAGAAUUACCAAUAUACCAAUGAAUAUAUAGGAAUGGAGAAUAAAAAUGAUAUAAAAAAUAAAUAUAUGAAUCAUCAUAAUAAUAAUGUCAUUCCUUAUGAUAACAAAUGUAUGCAUAUUUGGAAUGAUGAUAUUAAUAAGGAGUCUGAAUAUUCGAAUCAAAUGAAGAAUAAAUACAAAGAGAAAUAUAUAAACAAUAUAUCAAAUUUUGAGGAGAUAAAUAAACAUGAAAAUAAAAAUAAUUUAGAGGACAUUCAUCAAAUUAAUAAAAACAUUUCUAAGGAGAAGAAAGAAAUUUUUAUAGAUACAAAUGAGAAAAAUCUAUCAUAUAAGAAGUUAUUAAUAUCUGAAAAUAUAGAAACAAAUAAUAAUAAUUGUCAUCAUAAAAGAGAUAAAUCAUUUUCUAAAAACAAUUUGAAUAAUAAUUAUACUUUUAAAGAUAAAUCAUUUCUGAAUAAGGUUGAUAAUGUAGAAAAUAAAAAGCCUUUUAAAAAUGAACCACUCAAAAAUGACAAAAUCUUUUAUGAUCAUAUAAAAAAGAAGGAUUACUUGAAUGUUAUAGAUGAGAAAAAAAAAGAAGAAAAAAAUCCUUUAUUAGAACAUGAAUUAAAUUUAAAGGCCCUCAAUUUAGAAAGUAAAGAUGAAGCAUUAAAAACAAAUAUAAUCAAAGAAGAGAUGCAUAAAACUUCAUAUGUUAAUAAGAAUGGGAAUAAAAAAACACAUGUGUUAUACAAUGACUUAAAUAAAGAAUUGAGUGCUAUUUCUAAUAGAGACUCUGUUAUACAUGCAUUGAAAUAUACACUAUUAAAUAAACCUCAAAAUUUUACUACCCUACAAAAUUUUUUAUUUAAAAUUGAUGUAGAGUUUGUUGAGUACAAGAAUUUUGUUCUUUUAAUAACGAAGAGUGUGAGGAAAUUACAAUUAGAAGCAUUGUAUGGAUUAAAUGAUUUUUCCAUAUUUGAAAAGGUUUAUGGGAAAAAGGUUGCACCUCGAUUUUUGAUAUCAAAGAAAGUAAAAAUGUUCUAUAAGUAUGACAAAUUUUAUCAAAAAUUUAGAGAACUUGUAAAUGUAAGGGAAUUCAGCGGUAUUACUGAUGCAGUAGAACUGAUUUAA